AUGGCUUCAGAAAAGGAUAACACAAGCAAAUCAUCAGUGGAAGAGUUUAUCUUAAUUGGAUUGUCACAUCUUCAUGACUUUUACAGUACGCUGUUUGUUACAUUUUCUUGUAUUUACUUAACUGUUAUUUCUGGAAACUGUAUCAUACUUGUAACAAUUUUAACAAAUGAAAAAUUGCAUACGCCUAUGUACUUUUUUCUCUUUAAUCUUUCUAUUACUGAUAUGCUAUUUACAACUGCAAUAAUUCCAAAAAUGUUAGCUGUGUUUGUAACAAAUUCAAGCAACAUUUCAUUCAGUACAUGUUUGAUACAGCUAUAUUUCUGGCACAGUUUAGGCUGCACUGAAGCAUUACUUCUUGUAGUCAUGGCAUAUGAUAGGUUCAUAGCUGUCUGCAAACCUUUGUACUACAGAAAAAUUAUAACCAGCAAUGUUAGUUUCCUGCUUGUAUCUACCACUUGGAUAUUGUCCUUCAUAAUUAUGAUGCCAGGAGUUAUUCUAAUAUCUCAGCUUCCCUUCUGUGGUACAAAUGAAAUUAAUAAUGUUUUCUGUGAGCAUUUAUCUGUUAUCAGAUUAGUGUGUACUGAUAUAACUUUACAUAUUUAUUCUGGGUUUUCCAUUGCAAUGAUAGUGUCUGUUAUGCCUUUAUUUCUUAUCGCUCUAUCAUACGUUAAAAUACUUAUUGCUGUUUUUCAAAUUGGUUCUUCAGAGGAGCGUCUUAAAGCCUUAUCAAAAUGUAGUUCUCACAUGAUGGCAGUUUUCAUAUAUUUUGUAUCAAUCAUUAUUAGCUAUGUUUCUUACACAGCAGAUAUUUCAAAUAGUUUUCAUGUCAUGGGUACAAUCUGCAUAACAGUAUUAGCACCUACAUUAAACCCUUUAAUUUAUACACUAAGAAACAAAGAAGUAAAAGAAGCAGUUACACAUCUUUUUAGAAGACUAAUACGUGAUCCUGACAGUGGAAGUGUAGUACUCUUACCAGCUAAUGUCAGAGUAUUGGCAGAAUCUAAUGAUGAUUGUGGCCAAACAGAGGCACACUCAGGGUGUGCAGAGGUCGAAUCUGACACUGAAGUUGGCAUUCAGCUAUCCCCUAUAUCAACAAUCAAAAUAAAAAUGCAUCCAGCAAAUGAUUACAUUAAUUCAUCAGUGGAAGAUUUUAUCUUAGUUGGUUUUUCGCAUCUCCAGUACUAUUACACUGUACUUUUUAUUAUAUUUUUGUGUAUUUACUUAGCAGUCAUUUUCGGAAACUGUGUCAUACUUGUAGCAAUUUUAACAAAUGAAAAGCUGCAGACCCCUAUGUACUUUUUUCUCUUUAAUCUUUCUAUUACUGAUAUGUUGUUUACAACUACUACCAUACCAAAACUAUUAGCUCUGUUUGUAGCAAAAUCAAAUAAGAUUUCAUUUAGUCUGUGUUUUAUACAGCUAUACUUCUGGCAUAGUUUUGGCUGUAGUGAAGCAUUUCUUCUUGUAGUUAUGGCAUAUGACAGGUAUGUGGCUGUAUGUCGACCUUUAUAUUACAGAAAAAUUAUGACUAAAAAUGUUAAUAUUCUGCUUAUUGCUAGCACUUGGAUAUUUCCAUUUGUAUUUACAAUACCUGUGGUUGUUCUAGCAUCUCAACUUCCAUUUUGUGGUCCAAAUGAAAUUCAAAACUGUUUUUGUGAACACUUAGCUGUAAUUAGAUUAGCUUGUACUGAUAUAACUUUCCAUGUUUACCUUGGUUUUGCUAUUGCAAUGUCAGUAUCUUUCAUGCCUUUAAUUCUUGUUGUCUUAUCAUACGUUAAAAUACUUACUUCAAUUUUUCAGAUUGGCUCUACCGAGGAACGUCUUAGAGCUUUCUCCAAAUGUAGCUCCCACAUAAUGGCUGUUUUCACAUAUUAUGUAUCCAUCAUUACUGCAUAUGUUUCAUAUGCUGUAGAAGUCACUAACAGUUAUUUUGUGGCCACAAUUUGUAUAACAGUAUUAGCUCCUUCAUUAAACCCUUUAAUUUACACAUUAAGAAACAAAGAAGUCAAAGAAACAAUUGCAAACCUUCUGAGUAGAUUAUUUGGUCAGUAUUCAUGA